AUGUCUUCUUGUUUAUCUCACAGGUUUGUCUUCGGCGUGAAAGGGAGCCGCGCCAACGAUGUUGCGUUUUCUGACCAAGUCACGAUCGUGUACGUGGCCGGACAUAACAUUGUUAUCUACAACAUCCUAGAGGGAAAGCAGCGCUUCAUCCAUGGAUCAGACGUAUCAAAAUCCAUAUCAGCCAUGACGCUGUGUCCUUCUGCGCGAUUCGUCGCGUUGGCUGAAGACGGCGACAAGCCGACGGUCUCACUUUACGACCUCCGGACGCUCCGGAUACGGAAGACACUACAAGUUGAGGAGGACGGAAGUCAAUGCGUAAGCCUGGCUUUUAGUCACGAUAGUAAUCUGCUGCUUGCUCAAGGUGGGGCUCCUGAGUGGAACCUUGUCCUAUGGAACUGGGCGAAGGCGCGCCAACUUGCCAAAAUUCGGACAUCUGAGACCCUCCCUGUCUACCAGGUCAGCUUCAGCCCUGUGGAUACUUCACUGGCUUGCGUUUGUGGAAACUCAACUUUCCAGUUUUACCGUGUAGCCGAAGGUGAUCUGCGGCCAAUGACAGCACCACGGGUCAAGGAGCACAAUUUCUUGUCCCACACGUGGCUAAAGCAACCCGAGGAUCACCUUAUUCUGGGGACAGAAACCGGCCAAUUGUUGCUAUUCAGAUCUGGCGAUUUUGUGUGCUACUUGGUUGGUGCACCCGGCGGCCAAACGAAGAUCGCGACACUCCUCUCGUACUCACAGGGCUUCAUUGCGGGAUGCUCCGACGGAGGGCUGCGCUUAUACGUGAUGGAUCACGCGGAGAAUCCUAGUCCCGCCAAAAUGUUUGACUGCAAGCAGAUAUGGCGGGUGGACACAACGGCUGACGUGGUAAGCCUCGCCUUGUGCCCGAAUGAGGACCGACUGUGUGCGGUGACCUCUGACAACCAGUUGUUCGAGGUGAAGAUAAUCACUCAACAGAUUAAAGACAGCGACAUGAAGCCGGUCAUAUCCCUGUUCCACGGGCCUGGUCUCAACACUGGCGGGAUCACGGGUAUGGACACCUGUGUUCGUAAGCCUCUGGUGGCUACCUGCGGAAUGGACCGCACUAUACGCGUGUGGAAUGUCGUGGAACAACGGCUGGAUCUUUGGAAGGUGUUCCAGGAGGAGCCGUACAGUCUUGCGAUGCAUCCGUCAGGGCUGCAUCUUGUAGUGGGGUUCACGGACAAACUCCGCCUUAUGAAUCUUUUGAUGGAUGACAUUCGGACUUAUCAUGAGAUUUCUAUCAAACAAUGCCGGGAGGUCAAGUUCAGCAACGGUGGAAGCAUGUUCGCAGCGGUCAACGGAAACGUUGUAACUAUUUUUGACUUCAACACGUACGACAAGCUCGCGGACCUUCGUGGACACAACAGCAAGGUUCGGCAUCUCUACUGGGGGGGGCAAGAUCAAACUCUAGUGAGUUGUGGACAGGAUGGAGCAGUUUACCAGUGGGAUGUCGAUGAAGCCAAGCGAUUGGGGGAAUUCGUACAAAAAGGGACAACCUACAGCUGUGCCCUCAGCACGAAAGAAUCAGUGUUUACCGUGGGCAAUGACCGAGUGCUGAAAGAGCUUGAGGUCCCUGAUCUACAAGUUAUCAAGGAGCUCAACGCUGGCGUUACGCUCGGGCAAAUUGCACUCUCCAACUCGGAGCACAUGAUGUUUGCCGGAACUUCGGAGAACGGGAGGCCAGGUUGUGUGCGAGCGUACAGCUUCCCACUUACGGGAGACUACCUUGAGUAUGCUUGCGUUGGCACACCAGUUACACGUCUGUGCAUCACACACGAUGACCAGUUUCUGUUAGCGGCGGAUGAAGCGAGCUGCCUUUUUGUGUUCGAUGUCCGAGAUCGCCAAGAUCGAGGACAGGCGGGUUCGAAGCUGGGGGGCGGGGAGCUGCAGCCACUUGCGGCGUCUGAGGAGAUUUUGGUGACAAGGAGCAAUCUGGAGGACAAGAAUGCUUUGAUGGUAGAGCUCAAGAACAAGGUCGACGAGCUUGCUCUGCACAAUGAGUAUCAACUCCGACUGAAGGAUAUGAACUACUCUGAGAAGAUCAAGGAGAUCACCGAGAAAUUCACGCAAGAUCUGGAACAGAGCAAGAACAAGUUUGAUCUCCUCAGGGAGGAAAAAAGUGACUUGGAGAUGGAGUAUGAGGCACGCCUCAGGGAAAUGGACGAGAAACAUCAGCACGAACUGCAAGAGCUGGAAAACGCAUACCAGCAAAAGAUUAUGGGCGAGGUCGAGCGGUACCAGGCGCUUGUCCAGGAGAGAAACAUGCAGCAAGACCGGUGGAACGAACAACAGCAACUGCUCGUCACGACACACGAAAGAUAUGUUGCUGAACUGACCGAGGAGUUCGAGCAAAAACUUGGCGAAGACCGACAACUGCGCCUUCAGUUGCAUGAGGAGAAAACGGAACUCGACAGAGAGUUUACUGAAACAAAGCACCAGGUGGAGGACGAUAUUGACACGGAAAUCGACAACUUGCGGAAUCGGUUUGAGAAUCAGCUCACUGCCGAACGCGAGGCCACUCUACGCUACAAAGGGGAGAACGGUAUCAUGAAGAAAAAAUUCACGGUUUUGACCAAGGACAUCGAAGAUCAAAAGGAGGAGAUAAGGACAUUGCACGAGAAAGAAAAAGAUCUCCAACAGAAGAUCAAAGGACUGGAGCGAGAAAUCGCAGCCCACAAACGAGAGAUAAAGUAUAGAGACGACACCAUUGGAGAAAAGGAGAAAAAGAUAUAUGAGCUCAAGAAAAAAAACCAGGAGCUGGAAAAAUUCAAAUUUGUGCUCGACUUCAAAAUCAAAGAGCUGAAGCGCCAGAUUGAGCCUCGCGAGACAGAGAUCGGUAGCAUGAAGGAACAGAUCAAGGAGAUGGACAGGGAGCUUGAACAGUUUCACAACAGUAAUGCUCAACUAGACUUGCUUAUUGGGGAGCUUCGUGAAAAGCUCGACGGGAUGCAGGCCCAGAAUUUGGACCAACGAAAACGGAUUGCCGACCAAGAGGCCUCGCGCGGGCGCCUCCAGAAAGAGCUGUACGAGUGUGUCCAGCACAUCCAAGAUCCGCCAGCGUUGCGCGCACAUGUCACCGCGAUGUACAAAUCAAAUGUCAACGUGGACCUGCCCAGGAAUGAGAUGGACGCUAAUGUGAUACACGAGUAUCAUCGACACAAGGUGGGCCAGCUCUAUCACUGCCUAGCAUGUAGAAAAUGGCCCUUUCUCGAUGUAUUCGACCACGCCAUCCCCUCUCCUCGGGAAUACUUGGAAUCAAGCCUGCGCUACUUGCACCGCAAGUUUGUGGCGGACGUUGGCGGGCACCGCACAGAAAAUAUCAAGGUGAUGCAGGACAACAUGCUCCUGAUCAAGGAAAUCAACAUGCAGCGAGCUCACAAUAAGACCGCCAAACGAGUCUUCGAAGCCCAGGUGAAUAUGCUCAAACGAUUUGGGACCUCUUCAAAACACCGGAAAGCAGCUGGCGUUGUGCACUCGUCCACUGGCGUGGUGGGCGACCGGCCCGAAACCAGCCACGAGGAACCAGCAUCUAUAAUUGAGAACAACAAGGCAACGAUUGCGAGUCUCAGGGCGUUGGUUGCUGAUCUCGAAGGAAGGAUUGUGUCAAAUCGACCCUACAGCAGAGAGAUUCUCCCCCCAAUGGACGGGGUCAACACCGUUUUCUAGGCGUGCAUCAACUUACGACGUCGGAGGUUUGACAGUGCGGAGUCAAGCGAUUCCUUUGAUCCCAGCAUGGCGUGAAGCAGCUUAUUGGCCUCAACUUCCUGCAACUUCACCUAACCUCGGGAAGUCACCGAAAGUACUGUAUCGGGCGUUUCCUGCCGAUGUAUGUUUUGACCAUGAAUCCAUCCGAUCGAAGUUUUCCACCGUACGCCACACAGGCUCUUGAAUGUAUUCCGAGUGGCUGAGGUAUCCCCGGGUGCCAUGCAAAACUAAUUGUUGAAAGCUGUUUCAGAGGAACAUCUCUUACGGAACAGGUGUUGUUUCAGAGUUUAUUGUUCUCGAGAUAAUCGCGAUCCCGCGGAGACUUUCAGAGAUUCUCGUAGGUAAGCCCCGAGGGUGCGUGUGUCCGUUUGUUCGGUAGCGACUUAGAUACUUUCCAGGGUGGGGGCUGCGGAAAUCCAACCCAGUAUUUGCUUCGGC